AUCCAGCUGUGGGACACAGCAGGCCAGGAGCGCUUCAGGAAGAGCAUGGUGCAGCACUACUACAGGAAUGUGCAUGCUGUGGUGUUCGUGUACGACGUGACAAACAUUGCCAGCUUUCACAGCCUGCCCUUGUGGAUAGAGGAGUGCAAGCAGCACCACCUUGCCAGCGACAUUCCACGGAUUCUGGUUGGAAACAAAUGCGACCUGAGAAGUGCUGUUCAGGUGCCCACGGACCUGGCGCAGAAGUUUGCUGACACUCACAGUAUGCCCUUAUUUGAAACCUCUGCCAAGAACCCCAAUGACAACGACCACGUGGAGGCAAUAUUUAUGACACUGGCUCACAAGCUGAAAAGUCACAAGCCACUAAUGCUUAGUCAACCUCCAGAUUGCGAUGAGAUGCUUACAAAGCCUGAACCAAAACCUGCCACGUCCUGCUGGUGUUAG